AUGGACUACGACUAUCUCAUUAAACUUCUCUGUGUGGGAGAUUCUGGAGUAGGGAAGACGAGCUUCUUAUAUAAAUAUACCGAUGGGGUCUUCCACACGCAGUUUAUUUCCACCGUUGGCAUAGACUUUAGGGAGAAAAGUCUGAUUUACCAACAGAAUGGGAGGCAGCAUCGCAUUCAUUUACAGUUGUGGGACACUGCUGGACAGGAGAGAUUCCGCAGCCUGACUACAGCUUUCUACAGAGAUGCAAUGGGAUUCCUUCUGCUGUUUGAUUUGACCAAUGAGGCAUCCUUCCUUGAAGUCAGGAAUUGGAUUGAGCAACUGAAGACUCAUAGUCUCUCUGAUGACCCAGACAUAGUCCUCUGUGGCCACAAAUGUGAUUUACAAGAAAAAAGGCUGGUGAACCAGAAUCGUGCGCGGGAAUUUGCCAAGAACUACAACCUGCCAUACUUAGAGACUAGUGCCAAAUCCGGACAGAAUAUCGACCGAGCUAUCGAGAUUUUACUUGACCGCAUUAUGAACAGAAUGGAGUCUUCAGUGGAGUACGCGAUGCUUUGCGCGUCGGGCCGUCGCCGUCAAUCUCUCCAGAAACUGCAAGCCAAUAAGGACAAGAAGUUUUGUUCAUGCUAA